AUGACACUAAACAGCAGCUUCACCAGCAGCUCCUUCAACUGUACAAUUGAUGGCUUCAAGCAAGUCAUUUAUCCCAUCAUGUAUCUCUCUAUCUUCUUCCUGGGUACUGUUGGAAAUGGCCUCUCCAUUUAUGUUUUCUUUCAGCCUUUGAAGAGGAAGACGUCAGUGAACAUUUACUUGCAGAACUUGGCUGUUUCAGAUCUCUUGUUUGUGAUCACUUUGCCCUUUCGAGCAACAUAUUUCCUGUUGGGAUCACACUGGAUAUUUGGUGAUAUCAUCUGCAGAAUCAUGACUUACACCUUGUACGUGAACAUGUACGGCAGCAUUUAUUUUCUCACCGUGCUCAGUGUGGUUCGUUUUAUAGCCAUUGUCUACCCAUUCAAACACUGGAAAAUAACCAACAUGAAGUAUGCCAGGAUAAUAUGCACUGCCAUAUGGGUCUUUGUGCUGGCAGCCUGCAGCCCUCUGUUAGGCAAGGAAAUGGCUGGUUACAGAAAUCCAGCCAAGUGCUUGGACCUCCACCCCUCUAGCACGUUCAGGGUCCUCCUGAUGAACAGCUUUGCCCUCAUCAUGGGCUUCAUUCUGCCAUUUUGCACAAUUAUUGUCUGCUACAUCUUUGCAAUCAAAACAUUGCUUAAGUCCAUGACUCUACAGCGCAAGAAGCCAGUUUGUCACAAGAAGGCACUGUCAACCAUCAUCAUCACCCUCAUCCUCUUCCUUAUCUGCUUCCUGCCGUAUCACGUACUGCGAACUGCCCACCUGAUGUACAGCAGCUGCAGCCAGGCCAACCUGCCCAUGCACAAAGCACUUGUGGUCAGUCUCUGCCUUGCUGCCAUGAACAGCUGCCUUGAUCCCAUCCUUUAUUACUUCGCUGCUGAAGAUUUCAAAGUGAAAAUCAAAAGUUUGUACCACAGAUAG